AUGGAAGAAUUACAAAGACUUCGAGCGUCCCGAAAAGCUUAUCGAGCACACCUCACAACACUUUACAAGAAGAUUAUAGAAUUGAAAUCCGCCACGACUAUCGAUGAACUUCACAUUGCCACGCUCGAAAACUAUUGUCAACAACUCAAAAGAAAGAAAGACAUCUUAUCACCACUCGAUGAACAAAUUGCGAAAGCUAUCACCAAACCCGAAGACCUUGAAUGUGAGAUUUUUGAAACGGAAGAAAUGCACAGCACAAUCGACGAAAGGUACAGUGAACUUACCACAUUUAUUGAGAUAAAACGUAACGAAUUAAAGCUUAAAGUUACUGUACAAUCAUCCAAUAACACUAAUGAGUCAUCCCCAGAAACCUCACCCCAAUCAGAACAGCCUAUUCAACAGGAAAAUAUCCAUCAACCAGAAAUGAGUCAAAGCCCAGUUGGACCCAAUUCCCAAACAGAGGAAACCUCAGCUUCCAACAACACUAUUCAAAAUCAAACACUGAUAAAUAACAAUAACAAUGGUGCCAGUGCCAGUGGUUCUUAUCCAUCAGUUAGUCGACUGCCAAAGUUAUCCCUACCUACAUUUUCUGGGGACCCCAUUGCCUGGCAAAACUUCUGGGACUCGUUUAAGACAACCAUCCAUUUAAACCAUACACUGCAUGAUGUUCAAAAAUUCAACUAUCUAAAGGCUCAACUUACAGGCGAUGCAGCUCGAGUUAUAGCAGGUUUCUCUAUCACAAGUGCCAACUACAAACAUUCAAUUGAUCUCCUAAUUGAGCGUUUUGGUCAACAACAAAAGAUUGUCAAUGCACACAUGCAACGUUUGCUUGACCUACCCAAACCCGACACAGGGCUCAUAAGUCUUCAGCUUUUCUACGACACAAUAGAGAACCACAUCCGAGGCCUUGCCUCACUUGGCCAGUCAAAAGAUUCCUAUGGGGCCCUUCUUAUACCAAUAAUUUUGGGGAAAUUACCAGCUGAAGUUAGGCGAAACCUAGCCCGAGAACAUCACACCUUAGAAUGGUCAAUUGACCAACUGCGAGAUGCCCUCCUUAAAGAAAUCAAGAUCCUUGAAGCUGGUCUGCACAUAGACAAAACUAAAUCAGAGCUUAGUCCUGCCCACACUGCUACAGCUGCAUUUCAUACUGGUUCAGGGGGGGACAACAAUACUCAGAAAAGAAAUCAAGGUGACAAGACCCCACACUGUGCAUACUGUAAGGGUACACAUUCCUCACUUCGGUGCGAAGUAGUGACUGAUCCAGAAAAACGAUUGACGAUUAUUAAACAAGCAAACUUGUGUUUUAAUUGCCUUGGACACCACAAGGUGUCACAGUGUCGAUCCAAAUAUGGUUGCAGAACAUGUACACGCAAACAUCACACCAGCUUGUGCAAACCUCAGAAAGCACCCAUCAAAGAUCCCCCAGAACGGGCAAACGAGCAACAAGGGGAAAAAUCUGUCCACACCACACUAAUCCCUGCGGCCCCAACAUCAAUCGUAAACACUCAAGGAAACGAAACUACUAUUUGUUUACUGAAAACCGCUAUUAGUACUGUCUCCUUAGCUAACCAAAGAGCUGUUGCAAACAUUUUGUUUGACGAGGGAGCCCAGUGCUCUUUUAUCACCCGUGAAUUAGACGACAAGCUUCACGCAUGUCCCCAACAAACUAAAGAUAUCCAGAUUUCAACAUUUGGGGGAGAACAACCAACCAGUCACACAUUAGAAACCGUUACCAUCAACAUCGAAAGCAUCACAAGUGAGAAAAUACCAGUUAGUGUUUUGGUCGUUCCAAAGAUUGCCACACCUUUGCAAAAUCGUAUUCGCACCAACGUCCGGACUCUCCCAUACCUAAAGGGAAUCCCACUCGCCCACCCAAUCACCUCAGACGAGAAAUUUGAAGUCUCGCUCUUGAUUGGAGCAAAUUACUACUGGGAAAUAGUCCAAGACCAUAUUAUCGGAGGAGCUGGUCCAACAGAUAUGGAGUCUAAACUUGGAUAUCUGCUAUCGGGACCCUUACCCCUGGGAGAAGCCCCAUCAAACACCACCAUGUUAAAUGUCAUUACCAUGCCUCAUCAUCAAGUAGAGAGCAUAGACCCCAAUCGGUUUUGGGAUCCACCACUUUUAGAUUUGUUAAUGACCCCCACAGAAACCAACGACCAGACUGCGAUUGGGAACUUCAAGGAAACUAA